GCCAGCGAUGGCUCCAUGCCGCCCCAGUCCCGGAAACCCGGCGGGAUCGGCCCCUUCCAGCCUCCCGCCCCGCCCCGGCGCGCCGGCGCAGCCGCCCGGGCCCUGCGUGGCGUGGCCGCGGCGGGGGCGGUCCCGGCCCGGGUCCCGCUCCCGGUGCCGGGGGCGGUGGAGCGCGGGAUGGGCGCGGCGUGGGGGCGGCGGGCGCUGCGGGUCGGGCUGGCGCUGGGCGCGCUGGCGCUGGUGCUGCAGGGGCUGCGCGGGUGGCUGGCGGCCAAGCGCUACGAGUUCACCUCCGCCGAGAUCGCACAGCUCGCCCGGCACCACGCGGGGCUGGACCAUGAGCUGGCUUUCUCCAAGAUCAUUGUGGAGCUACGAAAGAAGCACCCAGGCCACAUCCUGCCAGACGAGGACCUGCAGUGGGUGUUUGUGAAUGCAGGCGGGUGGAUGGGCUCCAUGUGCCUGCUCCAUGCCUCGCUCACCGAGUACGUGCUGCUCUUUGGGACAGCUGUUGACACUGGGGGACACUCAGGUCGCUACUGGGCAGAUAUUUCAGACACUGUCAUCUCGGGGACAUUCCGGCAAUGGAAGGAGGGGACCACCAGAAGUGAGAUCUACUAUCCAGGGGACACCAUCGUGCACCAGGCAGGAGAGGCCACGUCAGUGCAGUGGAGUGCAGGCACCUGGAUGGUGGAGUAUGGCCGGGGCUUCAUCCCCUCCACACUCGCCUUCGCCCUGGCUGACACCCUCUUCAGCACUCAGGACUUCGUCACCCUCUUCUACACCCUGCGUGUCUACGCAAAGGGCCUGCUCCUGGAAGCAAAUGCCUUCUUCAGCACCUUUGGGUGCUGAGCCCGUCUCACCAGGGCACCCUGCUGAACCCAGUUGGCUCCUUUCCUCCCAGCAGUUUUCUCUUCCUCCCCAAGCCCAGGUUCUAGCAGAGGCAGCAGGAGAUCCCCUGUGCCUUCCCCAAAUUGUUCUGUCCUUUCCCCACAGGCCAACAGGGUGCCAGGACUGAGGGAUCUCGGCAGUCACAGCAACACAGAACGUCAGUUCUCUUUACUACCUGCCUGUCCCUCCUUUCUAUCAGAGUCACGUCCUGCUUUUCCAUCCCUCAGGGCUGGAGUGGCCUUGCAGUGUACAAACAUCCCUGUGUGCCCUCAGCAUGCAGCGGGAGAGAAGGUGGAGCUGGCUGUCCCCAGGCCCAAAAGAUUUACUCCGCUCCUGAGACAUCAGGGGAAUUAUGCUGCCCUUGGGGCAGGGUGCACAGGGUAGACCAGACCAGAGCACCCAUUGCAGAGGUCGGCCGCUAAGUCCCCCAUGUCUCUGGCAGCCUGCCAGGACUGCGGGCAGCGCAAAGUGCUGUGUCCAGCUGGCAGCAUCUCCUGUGGCUCCAUCCCUGCUGAUGUGGGUUGGCAGCACACAUUGUCACGCUGGCACAGGGCAGGAUCAGCGCUGAGAUGCCCUGGCAGUGAGGGGAUGCCCAGCUUCUGUGCUGGCGGGCCCCCUGCUCCCCUGUGUGUCAUCUGCCCUCGGGGAUGGCUGGGGCUGGAAGAGGGCCACUUCCCCAAAGUCCUCUCCCAGCAGUGCCCCCCAAGGGGGAAACCCACCGUCUGUCGCCUUAAUGGAGACCCCGUUCUGCGUGGCCUCUUGGCUAUGCACGUAGUGUCCUCGAGUGCCCAAAUGUCUGUACUAGCUCAGGAUGGGAUCUCAUCCCUCAAAAUGCUUCCCCCAGCUGUGAGACCCCUUGGGGACAGCCACUCUGCUCGGCUCCCGGCAUGGGAUCCCGGCUGCCAGGAGAGUGCUGUAAUCCUCCAACCAAACCCAGCUGUGCACCCUGCUUGCACCCCUGUGGUCAGACCCGUGUGAGCUCACUGCUUGGUGGAGGGCUUUCACCUCCAUUCUGCUGCCAAACACACGAGUGUGUCCCUGGCCACCCUGGCCUGUAGCAUGUUGAUCCUCCUGCUCCCCAGACUGUCCCUGUUCUGCUGACCAGCAGCCCUGCACACGGGCUAGUUCUCAAUUUGCUACCUGAAAAGAGAUACCAAUAAUAAAGUUGUUCAUCCCACAUA